ACGUCACAUAUUUUGUUUACAUUUGUCAACAUGAUUUACCGACACGAAGGUUAGUACAUAUUUGAAGAAUAUUGUUCUUCUGUGGUUUUCCUUUCCGCAGGUCGUCUGAAUUUUCAUCCAGUCGCUUCAUAGAAUUGUUUACAUCAGUCAGGAGAAAUUUGAUCUAUUCGUGACCCAGACAAUCCAUUGUGAAACUUCUCCAUUCGCUAUACUAUGUGUUGAAAGCUACAGCUUGUUUGAAAGAAACGCUGCGGAAAGAAUGUCGCUAGUGUCGUGUUGCAUUCAACUUGCUUCUAUGUCAACUUUGUUUUUUGAUUCAAAGUCUUUUGUGAACAUUACAUACUCCAAAUCAACUGUAACCAUACAGUCAAUGUUGGUACAGUUUCAACCUCCUCAGUUUGACGUACAAAUUAUCGAAGCGAUGAAUGCAGAUGAAUAUUUUUGGGUGAAUAUUCAAAAUGGGUCUUUAAAGAUACAGUAUCAGCUAAAAGAAGCAAGCAAUGAAAGUUUUGAUUUUGGUAUGGUUGAACGGAACAAGUACUACACUCUUCAUAUAACAUCGCGAGAAACUUCAACAUCAAUUAUACUUGUUGAGAGCGACAUUUUAACCUCUCUUCCUUGUAAACCUCGUCAGACAAACAAUACAAAUCUUUUAGGUGAAAAUUUUUCCAAAUUAUUUAAGAUGUCUGGCUUAAAAGUGAGAGGCUCGACUUUUGUCAUCGAGUUUAGUAUGCAAUCAUUUGUUGUCUGUACUCGUCAGUUAAGUGAAAAUAACAAAACUGUUGACUUAGCUGAUACGAGUCAAGAGGGUAAUCUUGUUCAAUCAAGCUCACGUUCUUGGAAUCUCACUGAACAAUGCGAAGCUGGAUCUACUCGUGGAGAUGAGUUUUGUCCGAAACAAACUCAGGACGAUGAUGACUCAAAUACAGAGUUGAUUAUAAUAAUUGGGGUUGUGGUUGGUGUCGUUCUUCUGUUCAUAAUAAUUUUAUGCAUCGUGCUUUAUAUAAGAAAUACAAGUAGCUCUGUUUUUGGAGUAUAUAAUCCGAGCAGUCAAGAACAAACACAAGAACAGCAGAUGAAACCGGCAUUCACUUUGCCUAUACCAGAAAAACUAAUUUAGUAUUUACCUUGAAAACAUGAAAAAUUCAUUUUUUUAACAUCGGAAAACGAUCUGGUCCUGUGUACACUCCUAGAUCCAGAGCAAUUCCCUAGAAUGUUAAUUUGGGAGUGUGUGUAUUCAUAUCUUCAGAUAUGCCCGACUGAUAUCUUUUGAAAGCAAUUCACUUAGAUACUUAGCCAUUCUCUUUCAUAAGAAACCAGUUAGGCGCAACUUGUGGGACAACUGAGUGUAUGAAUACCCCUCCCCAAUUAAUGCUCUAGGGGCGGCUUUACCUGCACUUGAAAACAACAUUAAUUUGUAAACAUUAUUUAAACAACGUAUUUAAAUUUUGCUAUUUAAUAUUUAAAGUAUUGGGAACAUUUACAUCAUAUAAUGUUUGUAUCGCGGCUAUUUAAUAUUUAAAUAAAGUAUAGAGAAUAUGUUCAUAAUAUAAUGUUUGUAUCGCGGGCUCUAUGAAAUGUUGAACUUCGAAAUGGCGAACUUCACAAUGAAUGAUGUGGCGGACUCUUGGAAGAAAUUUGCAAAAAUGUCUGUGACGACUUUUUCUCGAGCGAAACAGCUUACAGAAGAGAAAUUAAAUCGAGCGGAAAAAACAGAAUUCGAUGCACACUUUGAAAACUUGGUUACAAGAGCAGAGAAAACCCGUGACUGUACUGCCAAUAUCACCUCUAAAACUUCAGCACUUAUUCAACCAAACCCUAAUGCCCGUUUGGAAGACUUCAUGCAUCAGAAAUUUGAUGGUAAAAAGAAAGAAAGACAAACGAAUUAUGAGGUUCUUGGUCAGUGUAUGUUUGAUUCUGGGAAUGAUUUGGGUCCGGGAACUGCAUAUGGUGGAGCCCUUGUGGAAUGUGGCAAAUCUCUGAGGAAGAUAGGGCAGUCAGAAAGGGACUUGUUGGAAAAAACUAUCUCAAGAUUUGUAAAUCCACUGGAAAACUUCCUUGAGAGUGACAUAAAAGUCAUUAUGAAAGAGAAGCGUGUAUUGUUAGCCAAGAGACUUGAUCUGGAUGCAUGUCGCACGAAGUUAAAAAAAGCUGAAACCCAGUCCUCAGAAAAAGUUCAACAGCUGGAAGCAGAUCUACGGGUUGCCCAAGCAGAGUUUGACAGACAAUAUGAAAUUACAAAAUUGUUGUUGGACGGUGUCACUACAGCACAAAAUAGCCAUUUGAUAGCAUUACAAAGUUUUGUUGAAGCCCAAGCGCAGUAUUUUGACCAAUGUCAUAAAACAAUGUUGGACUUGCAAAGGCAAUUGCAAAGCCCCCCGCCUACAACAUUUCCCAAUCUCCCCUCGUUUGAUAUUAACACGAUUCCUAAGCCUUCUAUCACCAAGGCCAAGGUUUUAUAUGACUAUGAUGCUUCUGAAGGUGAUGAACUGACAUUACUUGCUGAUGAGGUAAUCGUGGUUUACAAAGCGCCAGGUCUUGAUAGUGAUUGGAUGAUAGGUGAAAGGGGCUCGCAACGAGGUCGUGUACCAAUAACCUACAUUCAACUUCUUCCAUAAUGAUCUAGUUGUUUCUAACUUAGAACAAUAUCCAAUAUUUCCAAUCGUAAUUAGAACAAUAUCCAAUAGUUCCAAACUUAAUUUGAACAAUUUCCAAAAGUCUCAAACCUAUUUAGAACAAUAUCCAAUAGUUCCAAACCUAUUUAGAACAAUAUCCAAUAGUUCCAAACCUAUUUAGAACAAUAUCCAAUAGUUCCAAACCUAUUUAAAACAACAUCCAAGAGUUCCAAACCUAUUUACAACAAUUUCCAAUAGUUCCAAACCUA